AUGGAUCUCCUCCUUUUGGAGAAGACCCUUCUGGGCUCUUUCGUCGCUGUUCUCGUUGCCAUUUUCGUUUCAAAACUACGUGGCAAACGUUUCAAGCUUCCUCCUGGUCCUUUACCAGUCCCUGUAUUUGGCAAUUGGCUUCAAGUCGGAGAUGAUCUGAACCACCGUAACCUCGCCGACUUGGCCAGGAAAUUCGGUGACAUCCUCCUCCUCCGUAUGGGCCAACGUAACCUUGUUGUCGUCUCCUCUCCUGACCUGGCUAAAGACGUUUUACACACACAGGGUGUCGAGUUCGGGUCGAGAACAAGAAAUGUUGUCUUUGAUAUCUUCACCGGAAAAGGACAAGACAUGGUGUUCACUGUCUACGGUGAGCAUUGGAGGAAGAUGAGGAGGAUUAUGACUGUCCCUUUUUUCACAAACAAGGUCGUGCAACAGUAUAGGUAUGGUUGGGAAGAUGAAGCAGCUCGAGUCGUCGAGGAUGUUAAGAAAAACCCUGAGUCUGCAACUAAUGGGAUUGUCCUGAGGAGGAGAUUGCAACUCAUGAUGUAUAAUAAUAUGUAUAGAAUUAUGUUUGAUAGAAGAUUUGAGAGUGAAGACGAUCCUUUGUUUAACAAGCUCAAGGCUUUGAAUGGUGAGAGGAGCAGAUUGGCACAGAGUUUUGAUUAUAAUUAUGGAGAUUUUAUUCCCAUUUUGAGACCUUUCUUGAGAGGCUACUUGAAGAUCUGCAAGGAGGUUAAAGAGAGAAGGUUGCAACUCUUCAAGGACUACUUUGUCGAAGAGAGGAAGAAACUUGGAAGCACAAAGAGCAUGAGCAAUGAAGGCUUGAAAUGCGCAAUUGAUCAUAUUUUGGACGCUCAAAAGAAAGGAGAGAUCAACGAGGACAACGUUCUCUACAUUGUGGAGAACAUCAACGUUGCUGCAAUUGAAACAACACUAUGGUCGAUCGAGUGGGGAAUUGCUGAGCUUGUGAACCAUCCUGAAAUCCAGAAGAAGUUGCGCGACGAGCUCGAUUCCGAGCUUGGACCUGGUCACCAGAUCACGGAGCCUGACACCUACAAGCUCCCAUACCUCAAUGCUGUGAUCAAAGAGACUCUCCGACUCAGGAUGGCAAUUCCUCUGCUUGUCCCGCACAUGAACCUUAACGAUGCCAAGCUUGGAGGCUUUGACAUUCCAGCUGAGAGCAAGAUCUUGGUGAAUGCUUGGUGGCUCGCCAACAACCCUGCUAACUGGAAAAACCCAGAAGAAUUCAGGCCAGAGAGGUUCUUGGAAGAGGAGGCAAAGGUUGAGGCCAACGGCAAUGAUUUCAGGUACCUUCCGUUCGGAGUUGGGAGGAGGAGCUGCCCUGGAAUUAUUCUUGCAUUGCCGAUUCUUGGCAUUACUUUGGGACGCUUGGUACAGAACUUCGAGCUCUUGCCUCCUCCUGGACAGUCGAAGAUUGACACUGCAGAGAAAGGUGGACAGUUCAGUUUGCACAUAUUGAAGCACUCUACUAUUGUUGCAAAGCCAAGGUCCUUUUAA